CUAACUUACCUCAUACAAAAGGAGAAUAUUCACCAUCCGAGCGACUCUCUAUCUCAACUGACGAGUGCUGCAAAAUGGGCAGCGGUAUGAGUACCUUGGGUCUUCCCCCAGGAGCUGUCUCCCGGCUCGGUGGGGUCGUAGGUUUUACGUACGCUUUUCAAUCCAUCUUCGCGGCUUAUGCCGUGCCUGCUCAAACUGAAAAGUUCUACGAUUUGGUGGGCGCCCUUGGUCACAUGUCUACUAUAGUCUUGUCCCUGUACUACCCUCAGUUCCGAGGAUUCCUCUCGGGGAAGAAGGUAACGUGGCCGGCACCAACAUCCCAAAACUUCCACCCUCGACAGUUGCUGGUCAGUGCCAUGGUGCUUUUCUGGGCAGGGCGAUUGGGAAGUUUUCUCGCUCUGAGGAUUGCCAAACAGGGCUCUGACUCGAGAUUUGACGAGAUCAAGAAGCAACCGCUGGUUUUCACAGGUGCAUGGUUGGGCCAAGCUACGUGGAUAACAGUAGUCACUCUUCCGGCCGUGAUGCUUAACAUCAUGCCUCGCUCGGCACACCCUGGUCUUGGAAUUCGGGAUCUGAUUGGGGUGGGGAUUUGGGCAAGCGGUAUAGGUUUAGAGAUUAUAGCUGAUAGAGAAAAGUCAGCUUGGCGCAAGUCAAAAGAUGAGAAGAAGCACGAAGAACGAUUCAUCUCUUCAGGUGUAUGGAGCUGGUCCCGUCACCCAAAUUACCUGGGUGAAGUAAUCUUACAAGCUGGUCCUCCCGUCCUCGGACUCUGUCUACCUCCGCCGGCUAGAUAUGUCGGCUUCGCCUCACCCUUAUUGUCUUACCUCCUCUUGCGAUACGGAAGCGGUGUCCCCAUUUUGGAAAAGAAAGCGGAGGAGAAAUUCGCCAAUGACGAAAAGUGGGUCCAAUACAGAAAGACUGUAGGUGUGAUGUUUCCGGGGCUAGGGAAAGGACAAGUGUGA